GCCGUCGUUCUUCACUCUUUGACUUUUUUUUCACUUUAACUUUCUCUCCACACGCGCCGGCGGCAGAAACUUGUCGCAGAAGCAGCGAUUCACAGAGAAUCCCAACAAAAAUGGAGAACCGGGAAGAUCUCAACUCCAUUCUCCCCUACCUCCCGCUUCUCAUCCGCUCUUCAUCACUCUACUGGCCACCGCGCGUGGUGGAGGCCCUAAAGGCCAUGUCCGAAGGCCCAUCUCACAGCCGAGUCGACUCGGGAGAAGUUCUGUGGCAAGCUAUUUCCGAUAUGAGGCGAUCACUUUCCCUAUCAGCUCGCCUUCUUGCCCCUUCUGCUCCUCAAGGCUACGCCCUUCUCUUCGACGAACUGAUUCGUGGGGAAGAUUCGAAGAGAUGGUUCGAUGAGGUUGUACCGGCGUUGGCGAGGUUGCUCCUUCAGCUUCCGUCUUUGUUGGAAACGCAUUUUCGGAGUGCUGAUGGUGUUGUUGGUGGGGUGGAGACGGGUUUGCGUUUGUUAGAGCCCCAACAAGCUGGCAUAAUUUUCCUCAGCCAGGAGUUAAUUGGAGCUCUUCUGGCGUGUGCCUUCUUUUGUUUGUUUCCAGUUUCUACUAGAGGUGCAAAAGAUCUUCCAGUCAUCAACUUUGAUCAUUUGUUUGCGAGCCUUUAUGAAAGUUAUAGUGAAAGUCAUGAAAGCAAGAUACGGUGUAUUAUGCAUUACUUCGAAAGGGUGUGCUCCUGCAUGCCCACUGGGACUGUUUCAUUUGAACGCAAGAUUCUUCCAGCUGAAUACCACACUUCUUCUACCACUGCUCAUGACGCUGAUUUUUGGAGCAAGUCUGACAUCUCCCUUUGUGCUUUUAAGGUUCACUCUUCCGGGCUUAUAGAAGAUCAAUCUGACAAUGCUCUGGAAGUGGACUUCGCAAACAAGUAUCUUGGAGGUGGUGCCCUGAAUAGGGGGUGCGUGCAGGAGGAGAUACGCUUCAUGAUCAACCCUGAACUAAUCGCUGGCAUGCUUUUCUUGGCUCGCAUGGAUGACAAUGAAGCUAUAGAAAUAGUUGGUGCAGAAAGAUUUUCAUGUUACACAGGGUAUGCAUCUUCAUUUCGGUUUACUGGUGACUACAUUGACAAGAAGACUAUGGAUGCUUUCAGAAGGCGAAGAACCAGAAUUGUUGCAAUAGAUGCAUUAUGUGCCCCGAAGAUGAGACAUUUUAAAGAAACGUGCAUUUUGCGGGAGAUUAACAAGGCUCUAUGUGGCUUUUUAAUUCAAAGGAAAUCUUGGCAGAACCAGAGUAUAUUCAUAGACAAAGAAGACAGUGAAAUGCAGCUUGCCAGUGACGACAAAGAUUCUGAUCUCAUGGAUACAGAAACCUCUACGUCACAUGGAGCUCCAGUAAAUGAUGUCGAGACAAAUAGAGAGAAGCAUGUUGGCAGUUUUGUAAGAGAUUUUUGUGGGGAAGGAUCCAAUUGCAUGGAUCAUGAAGAUGUUGGUGUGGCGACUGGUAAUUGGGGAUGUGGUGUUUUUGGAGGAGACCCAGAACUAAAAGCUAUGAUCCAGUGGCUUGCUACUUCCCAGGCGCGGAGACCAUUUAUAUCAUACUACACUUUUGGAACACAGGCCCUCGAAAACCUAGAUCAGGUGACCAAGUGGAUUAUUUCCCAUGAUUGGACCGUUGGAGAUCUCUGGAACAUGAUGCUAGAAUAUUCUGCUCAAAGGCUGUACAAGCAAACAAAUCUUGGCUUCUUCUCUUGGCUACUUCCAUCUCUAUAUACCACCAAUGAGGCUAUCUCGCCGUCUUGACCCUGCAAAUUUGCCUUGAUCAAGUUCAUUGCCGCAUUUCAUGCUGUACCUAUAUGCAUUUCCCCACACAGAUAUGUAAAAGUGAUUAUUUUCAACUAAGUUGUAUUAUAGUCCUUGAUCAUCAUCAAGCAUCAUUCAUUAGGUGCACUAGUCAUGCUGCUGUAUGGUACUGGUCAAAUGUUUGAAUCACUCUUAAUAUUUAAAUGAAAGAAGUUCUUUUUGUCUUGUUA